AUGGCCAAAAUGCUGCCCGGCCUUAUCGGACUCUCACUGCUGACCCUACUUUCCCUGAAUUCGCUCACGGACGCGUCAAAAAACCACAGAGAGGCCUUGCAGUUCUUUUUGCGCAACGGAAAUUUCGACUUGAAUCCCCUCAACUGUCACAUACUGUUGAGGGAAACGUGUCCCAAGAGAUAUAUAGGAUUUCAGCUAUUUACAAGCAAUGGACCACGUCGAGGGAUUGCUUUAAAUGUAAAAAAUCCAUUAACUCUCUAUCAGGGUGGUUUCAGCAAGCAGCGAGAAACAGUCUUUAUUAUCCAUGGUUUCAAUGGAACAUCCAUUGAUAUUCAUCUGCAGUUCCUCAGGGACGCCUACUUAUCGCGUGACUUCAAUGUUAUCACCGUGGACUGGCGACCAUUGAGUCGAUAUCCCUGCUACCUGCACUCUCUUAUCAAUACCCGUCUGACGGCCCAGUGCACUGCCCAGAUCUAUGCCUUCCUCACGCACUACGGCGCUGUGCGGGAAAGGAUCACCUGCGUGGGUCACUCACUGGGCGCCCACAUCUGUGGGAUGAUCAGUAAUCAUUUGACGAAGAAACAAUAUCGCAUUAUUGGCCUUGAUCCGGCAAGGCCACUCAUUGAGCGCAAGAAGAGCAAUACAUUCCGGUUAUCGCAUGAUGAUGCCAACGUCAUCCAGGUGAUCCACACCAAUGCCGGGUAUCUGGGCCAGGAGGACAACACUGGACACCUCAACUACUGCGUCAAUGGGGGACGCGUGCAGCCAUUCUGCCAGGGAAAUACCAUUAGAAGAUAUCGAUGCUCUCACUUUCUGAGUAUCUGCUAUUUGGCCACGGCCACCUUCAAGCACAAAAAAUUCAUGGGGGUUCCGUGCCCCAAUGGCUGCGUAAAUCUUACCGGACCGAAGCGUCUGCCUGUCAGUGGCAAGAUCAAUCCCUUCGAAUUUGCCUCUCUGCUGAGGGAGUACCACAUAGGCAAUGAUGCCCCCGAUGAUGCCCGUGGCUGCAUUUGCAUCGAUGUGCCGUAUGCCAAACACUGUCCCUUUGUCAACGCCUAG